UCUCACAACAUUCUCAAUAGGGACCUUACAAUUUUAUCCAUUUGAAGGUUUGAAUUCCUCCCCUAUAUAUUUAGGUACUAACAAGCCAAUUCAAGCCAAAUCCGCAUUUCUCACUUAAUCACUCAAGGUCUCAACCAUUUUGAUUUGAUCUUCGUGGUACAUUUGUUUAUUUAACAUUCCUAAAGAUGGGAAUCAAGUUGAUGGGAAUAGCUCAUGCCAAGCAGAAACUUCAGAGAACUCUUUCAGCAAGAUAUGGAUCAGCUGCAGACAGUACUAGUACUGAGGUUCCAAAAGGCCACUUUGCGGUUUAUGUUGGAGAAGAUGAAAAGAAGAGAUUUGUGAUUCCGAUAUCAUAUUUGAACCACCCUUUGUUCCAAGAAUUGUUAAACAAGGCUGAGGAAGAGUUUGGAUAUGAUCAUCCUACUGGGGGACUCACAAUUCCAUGCAGUGAAGACUACUUCAUCAGUCUAACUUCAUGUCUAAAUUGUUCGUAAAAUAAUCAUUGACUCUGUAUAUGGCCUGAAUCCUGAUGAUGGUCAAUUGUUUAACCAAUUCAUUCUUCUUUCCAACUUCUAUUCUACAAGCGAAAGGAAUAGACAUGAGACCAAUGAGUUAUCAGUCUGUUAUUUAUUUUUUUAAUUGCAAGUUCUUGGAAAUACUAUUCCCUAAUAUUUUUG